AUGGACGAAACAGGAGAGGGAGCGGGAGAGGGAGAGGGAGGAGGGGAGCGUUCAAUGGACAUGUUGGCGGUCCCAGGGGGAGCCCUGCGAUGGAUCGGGCUGAGGCGGGGAGGAGGGUUGGGAGAUAGGAGAGAGGAGGGCUGCGUGUUGUUCGUUCAGCGCAAACGAGUGGCUUUGCUGUGCUCGAGAGAUAUGUGUAUUGUGGACGCUUUUGUUAAGAACGUGGGUCGAGGGCGCAAGGUGGAGAGGUGUGAGUGAGGUAGGUGCUGAUGAUGAGGAGAUAGCCUUGCCGAGACCCUUGGCGUCCCGUUCGAUCGACACGUCGAGCAACUCGGGGGCGCACGUACGAGAUGCUCGUUUGCGCGGUAAGCUCGAGGAAACCUGCUGUGUACGU